AUGUGUUGCAGUGGGGCCCGAUGGAAACGAGAAGAGGUACCAGAUCACAAAUGGGACUUUGUCGACGUUCGAGAGUUCCAUAACUCGGGACUCAUGAGUUAUUUCCAGUAUUCCUUUUUAUACGUCCUGGUCAUCAAAUCAAUUUUAGUUUAUGCCUCGGAUAUCUAUACGAUGGUACUCCUACUCGCCUCAAAUCAUUGGGCCGGUUCGAUUCUGGAGAGCUCGGGCGGGCAUGGCGCAUUGAACGUACCCUUCAAGAUCGGAAAAUGGAUCUUCUUUGGCUGUAUCAUUUUCUCGUUCCUGUUGCUCUUCUGGGAAGCGAAGAAAAGUAGGGCAAUCAUCCAAAGUCGUGAUAUCAGUUAUGCUUUCACGAACGUCAUGGCUAACAACUACUAUUCUAUGAAGUCCUACGAUCAUUUCUGCUUUUUCUCCCAGAUUAACAAUUCAAAAAAGAAAAAGGACGACUUUGCAUUCUUUGUGUUCUUCACUUUCAAAGGCUGGAAGAGAUUAUUGUUGGCAGAUGCACCUCGUCAAGUUAUCAAUGGCAUCACUCUUUACUCCUUCGCCAGGUCCGUCAAUUUCACAACCGAUAUCUCAAAGUGGUAUGAUGGAAGCUUUGCCAAGGCUUCUGUCCUACUCUCCAUGGCUUUUACCGUCACUAUUUGGGUUGGUUCUUUCGUACUCCUCAUGGCUGCUGCCCUCUUGUAUGUUCCUCUGUUGUGUUAUAUUCAAGGUAACCUAAAGGAAUAUUGUUGUCACAAGGUCGACAAACGAAUCGCUGAAUUGAUGAAGCGCAAACACCGAAAGCGUUUGGCCAAAGAAGCUGCCCUCAUGCGCAAGGAAGCCAUGGGUGAUUAUUCUCAUCUCAAGGACAAGAAGGGACAAUUCAAAGCUGCCCCAUUACCUCAGCCGACACUCCCUCGAGUCGGGCUUCAUGAGCUCAUUAACGAUACCAAAAGCGAAAGAACAGGUGUUGCCAACAGUAUCAGAACUGUCUCGCGUGCCGCUCAACACCCCUAUCCGCCAUCACUCAGUCAUCAUUAUCCCGCCAGCAACCCUGGUGGCUCUCUAGGUCUGGGCUACAACGUCAUUAAUCGAUGGCCAAGCGAACAAGAAUAUGGUGAGAAAGCGGGGUAUGCUGAGAGCAUCGCAUCGACUGGUCGCUUCGUUGCUCAUCAAGCCUCUGCGGCCGGCAGUGUUUACGGUCACAAUGGUCCGGUUCAUGGAACACGGGCGCAUCCAUAUGGUCUACAUCCGCUAGCCCACCAAUUGCCAUCCGAUAACCAGUCAUCACUAAACCAUGCGCCUUCCUAUCACAGUGAAGAACAGCAGUAUUAUACCAACGACAGGCACGCCACGGCUCGCAGAUCGAUUGCUGUUACCGAUGAGUAUGGUGGUUAUGGUAGUGAAUAUGGUGGUUAUGCCCAUGAGCCGCCGCCACUUCCUGGCCAGUACCAUAACGACGCAGCAUACAACGAGUUCGAUUUUGGAGACUUAUCGAAUCAAUACGAGUCGGCUCACAAUACAUCCUCGCAGCGUGAUCAUCGUUUCGACUAUCCUGAUGAAAGACCCCCAUUGGUCGAUAGAGAGAUUAUGGAGCUGUACGGUACUGGCGUACUGGAACGGUUCGACCAAGUCUCCGAAGCCGCACCUUCAAUACCUCCAGCCCAUUAUCCUCAGCCGAUCAAACAUCCUUAUUCCCGAUCGUGA